AUGAAUAUUGCUGUAACGGGAGCCGCGGGGUUUUUGGGCGAUAGACUCGCCGAUGCUCUACUGUCUGAAGAUUCACCGUUAGAUGUAGCGAGCCUCUUGCUGAUAGACACGCGAGAGCCCCGCUCUCGUAGUGAUUCACGCGUACGGACGCUCGCACUUGAUCUGACAACGCGCGGAGCCGCGGAGAUCCUGGUGACGCCCGAUCGGCACGUCCUGUUCCACCUCGCCGCCGUAGUCAGCGGUCACGCCGAAGCGGACUUCGAUCUCGGCUUCACCGUCAAUUUCGAUGUAACUCGCGCGUUGCUCGAGGCGGCGCGUAAAUGCGCGCCCACGAUGUGUUUCAUCUUCGCAAGCACGGUAGGCGUCUUCGGCGGGGAGUUGCCGGCGGUGGUCAAAGACUCGACCGCGGUGACCCCGCAGAACACGUACGGCGUCGGGAAAGCGAUGAGCGAGCUGCUGGUGAACGAGUACUCGCGUCGUGGCUUCGUGGACGGGCGGGCGGUGCGGCUGCCAACGGUAGUAGUGCGGGGCAGCGCGCCCAAUCGUGCGGUGACAUCGUUCGCGAGCGCCAUCGUUCGCGAGCCCCUGCGAGGUGAGCACGCUGUGUGCCCGGUGGCGGCCACGCAGAGGCUGUGGGUGUGCAGCCCACGGGCCGCCGUGCGUAAUCUCCUUCACGCAGCUUCACUGCCGGUCACCGUUCUGUCCGCUUGGCGAGUCUUCAAUUUGCCAGGCUUGAGUGUAACCGUGCGCGACAUGUUGACUGCGUUGCGCGACGUCGCGGGUGACGCGGUGGCGGAGCGCGUCACCUUUGCAUACGACGCCACUGUGGCCCGCAUCGUGGCCAGCUUCCCCCAUGAAUUCGACGUAUCACGCGCUCUUCGUCUUGGCUUUGUUGCAGAUCGUGAUUUCGCCGAGAUCAUUCGGAUAUUCAAUGAAGAAGAGUCCAGAGAGAUAGAUAAAUAG